AGUGGACAGCACUCAGAUCCCGCAGUACAUCAGUCGUUGCUCAGUAUGUGAAGCACCUUCCCAGGCUGUGGCUGUGCACAGCCAGGACAUCACCAUCCCCCAGUGUCCCCUUGGCUGGCGUAGCCUAUGGAUAGGAUACUCUUUCCUUAUGAGUGCAGAAUGCAAUUCCUAACGGCGCCGGCGACGAGCAGUCUGCUGAAGUUCCCAGAGGGGACUGUUGAGGCGCUCGGGGAAGAUGAUCCAACCCGAGGUUCUGUGCUGUGGGGGAAGAUUUCUGGAGGGACCAGUGGCCUGGCGUGGUUGGCACGUGGUCCUCACUUUGAGGUGGUGAACUCUAUGACAGGCGAGCGGCUCUCUGCCUACUGUUUCAGUGGGCCACAUGGACGGCUUCCCACUGUCCGUGUGGUCAAGGAGUUUUCCUCGUGGGAGAGACCUGCGCUGCUGAUUGGUGUUGGAAAUGAUCUCUGUUUGUUUGACCUUGAAAGAUCACGAGUGGUUAAAGCCAUUGCUCUUCCAGGAAGGGUGAUUGCUAUUGAACCUAUAACUAAUGUCGGAGAAGGAGAUGCGAGCACUCAGUACCUCCACGAGAGUCUGCAGUGCUUCUCUGGAGUGGCAGCAGUGGCUACAAAUGUUGGGCGCGUUUUUCUGGUUGACCUUUGUUUACAUAAUUUCUCUUGGGGGCAGAAGGAAAUAGAAAUAUUGGAUCGCGAAUAUGUCACUGCUGCUCCUGCUGAAGUUCCACAAAUCAGAGAAACUGUGAUGGGAGGAGGGAGACAUCUCUGUUUCCAAUUACAGAACUCUUCUAGAAGCGCAGUAUCAACGCUGUACUUCAUCAGCAGAACCAAUCAGCUCGUUGUGGGCUUUUGCAAUGGCACCUUCUCACUGUGGAAUAUGGGAACUUUGACAAGGGAGCACAACUCUCAGCUCAACGGAGGAAGGAUUCCUGUCAGUGGUGUUACUUUUCAAGAGCCUGAGAAUGAUCCUGGCAACUCUUGCUACUUGUGGGCUGUUCAGUCUGCGCCAAAAAGGGGAGGUGGUGUUCUGAGUUUCCGGCUGUUGCAGUUAACCUUUGGUAAACGAAGACGCGUGGCAUCAGGACAAGUCAUGUAUGAGGGUUUGGCACGCUGUGAAGAAAGGUUCGGUGUAGAUCUCAGGGGUGGAAACUCCAACAGCAAUAUGAAAUUACUUGGGUGUCAGACGAUAGAAAAGUUCAGUGACCGUCUUGACGGAGGCAACAGCAUUAAUGGAGUAAUGUCUCCCUUCAUCAGCGUCUCAAUCUUCAGUUGGCAAGUGUGUACAAGUGGUCAGAAAAACCCAUCGACUUACUUGAGUGUGUUUGACAUUAACGGCUGGCUCGAUGCUCAAAUGCCAGCCAUGCUCAGGCCAGAAUCACUUCACGAUUGCCCCUAUUUUGCGCUGUGGUCACUGGAUACGGUGACAAGCCCGGCUCCUUUAGACCUCGUUUUGGAUAUGAUGGAGGAGCAGUUAGAGGUGAUAGUGUCCACAGCUGCCCAGACAGGUUAUUUAGAUAUUCUGACUGAGUACUUUAAACGCUGGACAUCCGAAGGUAAGACUUGUCAAGUUGAAAAUAUACAGUUUGUCCGUGAGUGCGCGUGGAACAGAGUGCUCACACGCACAGAUGAAUUUAACCAACUGUGUGUUCCGCUCUUUGAUGGCUCCUUCGUUGACCAAAAGACUAUCCAGUCUCUUUAUGACUGCCAGUUCUAUUUGUGCAACCUUAGCACCAUUUUAAACUGUUUGCCGAGAGAAGAACAAGACCUUUCUGAAGAAGGUUUUCCAGACCUGACAAAUAAGCAGGUGCUAGCCGGCCACCAGUCGUUGUAUGCACAAGUGGUCACCUGGUUCUGUCGCUGUGGUCUCCUUCCACAGGGUUUAGAUGCGGGUCAGCGUUCGUCUAGACCUUUUUACAAUUACCCUCUGCUUCAGAGAUGCUGCACAGCUCAGCGACAGAGGCUGACGCGUUUGUCCAGAGGAAAAUGGGAUUUGGCUGGCCUGAUGAUUGACAGGAUGGUUUCGGACUUGGGAGAGCGAGUGCAGAAUCUGUGGUGCACAGACAAACAAAAAACUGGGAAAUAUCCCCCUCCCAGUUUACAGGCCCUGCUGCAACUCUACCUGCUAGACGGCAUUGAAGAAAUCGACAAGCACAAAAUUACAAUGUACUUGCUGCUGGAUAUCGGGUGGGCCGUGCCAGGUAACAGAGAAAGACUACUGCACUCCUUCUGCGCAGCCUUUGCUAUCCCGAAGGGGUUCGUUCAGCUCGUUCAAGGGUUUUGGCUGCUGGAUCACAAUGAUUAUGAAAAUUCGCUGGUCCUGCUCUGUCACCCAGCUACAGCCAGAAGCGCGUCGUGGCUGCGUCAGAGGGCUAUUCAGUCCCUCAUGUGCCAAGGACAGCACAGGAGAGCCCUCACGUACAUACGUAUGACGAGGCCAUUGAUCACCAGCUCCAGAGAAGCGCAGCUUUACCUCUCUGUGUUCUUGUCCAACAGGUGCAUGGCAGACGUGUGGAACCUGUUGCAGCAAUACUCCUCAGAUGACAAUAGAGAAGAGCUGCUGCUGCACAUGUUUAAAACCUGUUUGGAGAUGGGACUUGCGGAGGGCUUCCUGGAGCUGCCUUUCACAGACACUGAGCUCGCGUGUUUGGAGGAGAUUUUGGAGAGCAGUGAUUUGAUUGAGGACCACGAAUUCUUUCCAGCCAACCAUCCAAAACCAGUCAACAAUACUGCAGCGGUGCGGGUGAAUAAGUCAGCGGAGGUGACUCUUACGGAUUCCUGGAAGAACCAAAUGCUGAAAGUCUUACCCUUCCCGAGGGUGGCAAGCUGGUGCUCACAGCUGCUGAGGCUGCUGCCUGGGAGACUGCAAGGGAAGGGGACUGAAGGACAACAGAGGUCGGCAGAAGAUCAGGAGGCUGGCCAGACUGAACCUGCUCCUGCGAUACAAACGGCAGAGCUUCCAGCCAUAGUAGAAGAAAACACCGAAGCCAUGCUUCCGAUCCAGGAAUGA